ACUAUCUGCAGAGGCGCGUCGGAUUGUCACACCGCAUGCAACUCAUCCACACUUAGUGCACUUCCCGGCUACAGUCCCCUGUGGAUUAUGUAGAUUACACCUGGGCUUUCACGUCACAAUACGACCACCUUCACGCGAAAAAAAAACCCAUACCAUGCUAUAGCACCUGCCAAGCAAAGCUCUAAAGUGUAUUCGUAUUCACCGGUGACCCUCUGGGAAUCCCAGAAUGAAUGGCUACACCCCCCCAGUCUACCCCUCUGGGGGGUUUGAUUCCUACAGCUCCCCACUGAAGGGGCACGGUUCACAGGCUUCUGAGCAACCAGGCCGCAAACCAGGCUCAAAGACCAACGCUAAGGCUCUGUAUGGAACAGAUGGCUUGUACUUCUUCCAAACAUCCUCCAAACAUAAAAAGAAAGACCAAAGGAAGAAUUACAGCAAAAACAAUACCUGCAGUAUGACAGAGACCACGCAGUACCAUGUGGAGCAUUUGACGACCUUCGUAAUGGACCGCAAGGAGGCCAUAAUGAGUGUGGAGGACGGGCUGCGGAAGCUGAAGCUGCUGGAUGCCAAGGGCAAGGUGUGGACCCAGGACAUGAUGCUGCAGGUGGACGACAAGGCCGUGAGCCUCGUCGAUGCCGACACCAAGAAUGAGCUGGAGAAUUUCCCCCUGGGUACCGUCCAGCACUGCCAGGCACUGCUCAAGGCCUGCAGCUACGACUCCAUCCUGGCCCUGGUCUGCAAGGAGCCGGGCCAGAGCAAGCCGGAUCUCCACCUCUUCCAGUGUGACCACAUCCAGGCUGAUGUGAUCCAUGCCGAUAUUGAAAGUGCCAUUGGUGACCACAAGGGUGGUAAAGUAAAGAGAAGGCCUGAGGUGCUCAGGAUGAUCCUGAAGAGCGAUGGGGCCAUCCCCCCACCCCCAACAGCCCCAGCCCCUGGCCUCCCUGCCCCCACCACGCACGUGGAUGUCAAGAGCCGAGUGGCGGCUUGGUCGACCCGGACAGCCGGCAAACUGCCUGACUAUGGCGAGCACAGGCUGCACUCUGGCCAGGACGAGCCCCCCGAGAUGACUGCAGCCAGGAUCGACCGUGACGUGCAAAUUCUCAAUCACAUCUUAGACGACAUUGAGUAUUUCGUGACUAAACUGCAGAAGGCAGCUGAAGCAUUCAGUGAGCUUUCAAAGAGGAAGAAGUCAAAGAACAAGAAGAGGGGGCCGGGAGAGGGAGUACUCACCCUACGAGCAAAGUUGCCCACACAGGAGGAAUUUAUUGACUGCUUACAAAAAUUUAAGCUUGCCUUCAACCUUUUGGCAAAGCUUCGGUCCUGCAUUCAGAAUCCCAGUGCUUUGGACUUAGUCCACUUCUUGUUUACACCGUUAAACAUGGUGGUCCAGGCCACGGGUGGUGUGGAGCUGGCCGAAGGUGUGAUCAGCCCUCUGCUCACACGGGAGGCAGUGGACUUCCUGCACUCCGCCACCGCUCCCCAGGAAAGGCGUCUCUGGCUCUCACUGGGGGACAGCUGGACAAAGAGCAGGGUGGAAUGGCCCAAGGAUCAGCAUCCAGCCCCCUAUUCGCCCCGCUUCCGGGAUGGCUGGGAGCCACCCACGCUGCCCUCCAUAGGACCCAGCCGAGAACAGGAACUCAGCCAACUGGCCGAGUCCCUGGUCAGUCCUGAAAUGCAGCGGCAUGAAGAGGUGGAGCACCGGUUGGCUCAGGAGCACCGCAGUAUCCAGAAUUUCCCCUCCGCUGAUGGGUAUGCCUUCAAUAAGACAGCCUACAAAAAAAAGCAUCUUCAGGACCAGGACGUGGCUGCUGUUGCUUCUAAGCAGGCGGUUAGCCGCUCUGUAGUUAGGAACCACGAGGCCCCCGGCGCCAUCCAACCAAAGAACUACGCCAAAUCCAAAUACGACUUCGUGGCAAGAAACAGCACAGAGCUGUCAGUCCUGAAGGAUGAAGUAGUGGAGGUACUGGAUGACAGGAAGCAGUGGUGGAAGGUGCGCAGUGCCACUGGGGCUUCUGGGUACGUGCCGAACAACAUCCUGGAGAUCAGCAGGGCAGUGGACAUGAGUCUGGGCCGGAGCGACCCCGUCUACACCCACACCUUCCAGAAACAGAGGACCGAUUAUGUCUCGAACCCGUCCGCAAGCCCCGUCUCUGCUGCCCCGACUCCGCCUCCGGGCGAUUCCGCCCCUGUCCGGAUGCCUACCCCUCCCCCACCCCCAGCAGCUACUGUGAGCCCCGCCCACACUGAGGAGAGGGCUUCUCCUGCCAGCACAGGACGGCACAAUAGCACGGGUGUGAGUGACAGCAGUAGCAGCGUCACCAUGCGGGAACAGCGGCAGGUGGACCGGCAGCCGCCAAUCAACAGAAGGAAGUCCAACAUGGAGGAGGUGCAGGAUGAGCUCAUGCACCGCCUGACGCUGGGCCGCAGUGCUCAGAAGAAGAUGCAGAUCCCUCCGCGAGGCUGCACCACGGCCGCCACCAGCAUCACCUAUGACUCCGGCCCUGAGGAGGUCCGGGGCUGGCUGCAGGUCAAGGGCUUCAGCCCCGUCACCAUCAACAGCCUGGGCGUGCUAACUGGGGCUCAGCUCUUCUCACUGAGUAAAGACGAGCUGAAGACAGUGUGCCCAGACGACGGACCGCGAGUCUACAGCCAGGUCACCGUGCAGAAGGCCGCUCUUGAGAAGACGACAAGUUCUGAGCUGCAGGAAAUUAUGCGAAGGCGGCAGGAGAAGCUGAACGCCGCCUGCGACUCUGGGGUGGAGUCCUUCGAUGAGGGCGGAGGUCACUGAGCGUCCGCCAUGACUAGCCCCGCCCCUUCCCAAGGCCUUGCUCCACAGGUUUACUGACUGUGGCGGUCAGGUUAGCCUGGAGCCGUAACUCGCCCAUGGGUAAACGCUAGUAGAGAAACACUGUGUUGUGCAUAGAUAAAAAUGCAGGAGGUAGUAGUCGUGUCAUACUGUAUAUCUGUACAGGCCCAUAGGCAUUGAGAAACAGGUGCUGUGUUUCGGUCUGAAACUUUAAUGGCUAUCGGUAAAGAUUCAGGAUAGAUGCAGCAAGUAAUAUGAAUGUUUAUACUAGACUGAACUAGUGGGAGAAAGUUGAAUAUAGUGAAACGCUACUGGGACAUAUUUAAAGGAUGACUGAUUUUGUGAUAUAAUUAUUUUUCUUUUGAAAAUAUAUUUAUUUCAUUGAAAUGCCAAAAUAGCAAAAUGAUGAUCGAAAAAUGACAGAGCUGAACAAUAGGAUACGUUUUUUUUUUAUUAUUCAAAUUUAAAACAAAAAGCUUUUGCUUAGAUGCUAUCCUACUGCACUGAGUUUCAUAAGCAUUUAUUUAACUGGUGCCUGUGGCACAUUCUUUUAUAACAAAAUGGAAGUUUCUGGACACAUCCAACACUACGCUCUGGAUGAGCAGGUAGGAAUUUCGAUGAUGUUGUUAGCAUACUUUUAUGCAAUGUGACAGAAUGCACCUUGUUGACAUGGCUAUUGUGUGCUUGUGGCUUGGUUGCUCGGGUCACCGUCCACAUACACAGUGGUGCCCGAUUCUCAUACCAAGCUUCGAGAUACAGGAAUUUUAGUGCAAAGAGGUUUUUUUGGUAGAAAGUGUUAGUGUUAGGAAACUGACCAUCGUGUUGCAACAUGGGCACUUCAGAUUAGUAAUGUAAUUGCUGUACAGGCUUAGCCAAAAAUGAGUGCUUAAUGUAGGUAUACGAUUAGUCUUCCUUGGUAAUGUUGCCUUUUCAAAUGUCCAAUGAAAGUAAUUGAUUCCUGUCUUCUAAAGUGAAUGCAACCUAAAACUAUGGACAUUGACUGCAUUAGACUGUAAGGCCCCAUGGCAUUUCAUAACGUGUGACAUGUGGGAGCGCUAGUCAGGCUCACAAUCCCCCCCCACCCCCCCCCCCCCCCAAGGAGAAAACUGAGUGACAGGUUCUUUAUGAGGCGACCCCUGGACAAGCUAGAGCCAGUGGGCUGAUUGCUGCUGGUAGAGACUGAUUUAAUCUGACACGCCCAAUGAACUGUUUUUAGUUGCGACCUGGCUGAAGGUGGUCGAACGUGGCCAAACUUCACACUCAUGUCACCGUUUAAAAGAGAAUCCACGCUUACACAGUAUUAUAACUUAGCGUGGAGCUGUUGGUAAACAGCCACAUCGUUGGCCAAGAUCAAGUUCUGGGUGAUCAGAAUGUGUAGAAUCUUUGUAAAAUAGACUGCACACAAAGACUAAGUGGACUCAUGUUGUGUUAACUGAACAUGAAAGCUUACGCAUUUUAAAUAUCCAUCACUGAAGAUCAUUUGUGGCUAAACAUUCUGGGCUGCAGUUGCUCUGAGCUUUACUCUGCACAGCUGACUUUUCUUCAUAAAUCUAUGGAGUUGAUGGUGUUACGUGCUAGAUUUAAUCAAGGACCAUUCUCUGCUAUCACAUUUUUAUUCUAAAUGAAUGGAAAGUUCAUUUAGAAAACGUCAUUUGAUGGCUUGUCCUGUUCUUUUUUGUGUGGUUAUUGAUUUACUGAUCCUUCGGGGAAAAAUAUGGAAAUGUGUCAGGGGGAAAUUUAAUACAUUUAGUGUAAUUCAUAAUUGUACGUGUAUAGCUUCCAUGGUGCCUUUUCCACAAUAAUUUUAUGGAAUUCUACAAUAAACAGUAUUAUAAAAAAUUA